AUGUCCUUUUGGUUGUCCCGACCAUUCCUGAUCGACCACAAAAGCUGUGCCAUCGCAAUGCCUAGUCUUUGCCUCGAGGAGUCCGAUAACCCACCUGGGCCGCCCUCGCCGUUCACCCCAACGCAAUUACAAUAUCAACUGCACCUGACCCUGUCCUCCAAAUAUGAUGGAGAUCCACAGGACUGGAAGAACAUGCUAACCAUUCUGGAAGAAGUGGACCAUUGGCUGAAGUUGUUUCCCAAAACCUACACCGUCACGGAACCAAACACGUUUUGGGACAAGGAUUUCCCAUAUGUGCAGCUCCAGGGCGAGCAUCUCCACACAAUGUCCUAG